CAAUAAACGAUAAUAUUUGUCAAAAAACACUUUACCCUGUGUAAAUAUCGAUGUAUUUAUUUAAUUAAAAGUUUGUUGGUUUAUUUAGUAUUGCCAUAACAGUCUUGAGGGGUCGUUUUAGUGUGAGGAGGCUAACGGUAAAGUUAGCUUAAGAAUGACAACCUUACAGAAGAAACUGACUAAGGACAAACAGGUGCUCGCUGAGGCUCUGGACACCGAGGCUCAGUCGUUGGUGUUUCUCAAACGCAUGGUGGUUAUUGCUGUAUCCUCCAUCACGUACCUGCGUGGGAUAUUUCCAGAGAACUCCUACAGAUCCAGAUACCUGGAGGAUUUGUGUAUCAAAGUCCUCAAACAAGACUGUUCCUCUCCUGGAGCCCACAAACUCAUCAAAUGGCUGAUGGGAUGUUUUGAUGCUUUGGAGAAGAGAUAUCUUCAGAUGCUGGUAAUUGGGGUGCACACAAGCCCAGAUGACAGUAAUCACGUCAUCGAGUCCUAUCAGUUUAAGUUCAGAUACUCAGAGCAUGGACCACAGAUGGACAUCCUGAGUAAUGUGAAUGGGGACAUCAGAGUGACCUUGGAGGACACAAAGAAAGCUUCAACGCUCCUGAUCAGGAAGCUGUUUCUCCUCAUGCAGAAUCUAGAGGCUCUUCCCACUGCCGUUCACCUCACGAUGAAACUCUACUACAACGAUGAUGUCACACCUCCUGAAUAUGAGCCACCAGGAUUUAAAGCAGGGGUGAAUGACAGCCUGUGGUUUGAGGGAACAGCGGUGCACUUCAGAGUGGGUGAUCUGCAGUCUCACUAUCACACCAUGAAGCUGCGCGUGACUGCGGCUCAGAGUCGCCUUGGGAAGCUGCAGGACGAUGGCCAGUUGAGUGAGAUGGAGACGCCCUCGCUGCGCCACAUCAGACCUGCAGAAAUGAUGACGAGAGACUGUGAGCAGGACCUGCCGUCUGAAGAUGAAUCUGUUGCACAGUUUAAACAGCCCAAAAAGUCUAUCGCAAAGAGGAAAUGUGUAAGAAGCAAUCCUGGAAGGAGGAAAAAGAAGAAAUGCUUUUAAAAAAAAACUUGCAAGUUCACAUCAAGCAAAUAUGUCUUUGAAAGCGUUUUUGCUAAUAUAUUUAAAACAUAUUUACGCUUGGCAUAUAAGCUUUUUACCAGGUAAAAGUUCUAAGUUCUAGAGAAUUCCUCCUGCUCAUAUUUGGAGAACUGAAAAGCACUGAGGUGAUUUCUUGUUAGGAGUUAAUGAGGAAGAUAUUUAUUUUACUGAAUGUACAAAAUGAAAUACAUGACACAUCA